GUGUGUAAGGCUACAAAUCAGUAAACCUUUCACUUCUGCUGUGCAAAUGACAUCGAAAAUGAAACAGCAAAAAUUAAAAUCUCAAUUUUCACCAAUUAUCUACCAUUUAAAACCAGUUUUGGAGCCAGUCAGUUCACCGGAGUCAGUUGAAACAAAACUAUUUGAAACUGAAAGUGAAACAAUCGAUGAUUACACUGAUGCAGAGUUAAAAUCUCUGACUUUAAGAACUGAAGUUUCCAACAGUCCGGAGGCUGUAACACCAACUCUAAUAAGCUGUCCAAAAAUUCCAUUAACUGGAAGGUCUGAUACACUUUCAAGUAAUUCAGACAUUCAAUUUCUCGAUUCGUAUCAUUUCUCCGAUAACAACAGAAAUACAACGCACAGACCAGUUGUGAUGAAUUCGGAUGAAGAUGAAAAUCCAGAUAUUCCUAUACAAAAAUUCCCUGUCCCGUCAUCAUUAUCAUCUAAAGAAAAUACUAAUGCAUAUAAGCAUCCUAACUCUAGAAAUGUGAAAUCUUAUUCUGAAGAUAAAAUACGCUUUAAGAACACUUCAAAAAUAAACGCUAAUCAGUCAAGAAAAAUGGAAGUCCAGACGCUCCCAUCAGAAAAAAGUCCCUCUGAAAGGCAACGAAUAGAAUAUCACAUAAAAUCAUAUGAAAUUCCCGAAGAAGUAGAAGAAAAGGAAACUCAAUUCUUCCGGAGAAAACCAGUACAAAAGCCUACAGGAUUGAAAUUUGAUCUUAAAAUAGAUAUGGAGAAGUCGAAUAAUGGUAAGGAUAAAAUUAAUUGUUAUCAAUACAUCGAAUCGAAUAGUGACAGUAAUAGAAAGGUUAAACAUCCAUUAAAACAAUGCUCAAUGAUUAAUCUGAGUAUGGAUUCGCUAAAAAACCGAAAAUUGAACUGUAGCCUUGAUUCAAUACAACAGACUGUUAAAAAUCGUGAUACAAAUGAUUUGAACAGCUAUACUGUCACAUCAGAUGAAGAAGAAGAAAAUGAUGAAGCUGUAAAAAUUUCACAAGACAGUAGUGAUGAUAAUAACAAAGAUCAGACGAUAUCCACAUUUCAUUCAAAUAAACAUAAAAACCAGCUGAAACGUAGUGAUUUUAGACCAAAAUCACGCAGAUGCCAGUCAGUAACUGGAUGUAAAACUGUGAAUCAAUGUUCUACCGAGGAUGAACAAACAAAUCAACAUCUGGAUAGAAGUCACAGUCAAGAUAUAAUUUGUUUAAAAAGCCGAAAUAAAUUACCACAGAAAAAGUUGUACAACAGAAGAAAGGCGACGUUAUAUAAAGAGGAAUCUGAUGAUAAUGUAUACAGUCAAGUAGAUCCCAACCAACAUAGAUGCGGUAAUCUAUCUUAUAGAACAGAUUCAUUUUCGAGUCAAAAGUUACAGCCUACAAAAUCCAAAUCACGUUCAAGCAGUCGAGUCCGUAGUUCUUUGAAAGUAAGAAAUAAAAGUAAUGAGAGAAGUGAUUGUAAUCACACUAGUCACAAUAACAGUAAUAACACUAAUAAUAAUAAUAGUACACAUUUUAAUCAUCAUGAAAGAAGACUUCAAAGUCCGAAAAAUCGAAGAACUCGUAUUGGUCAAUCACCAGCUAGAAGUAAAAGUAGCUACUUCAAAGGUGAAAAUUACAAUAGACCUAUUCAUUCACCAGUCAGCUACUAUUUAGAUCUUGAUGACAAAGUGGACUAUGGUCGAAGUUAUACAGAUUAUCAAUCUAAAUUUAGUCCUGUGAACGCGGGGAGUUGCGAUUCUCCAAUAAAUUGUAAUUCUUUGGAUGCAAGUAAUCUGCAUAAACAGAAUCAUUUAUCGGAACAACAAAAACAAGGACGUGAAAGAAAUUCAAAAGACCAUGAUUUAUACUGCAAAAAAUCGCAAUCACUUCGAAAAAAUUUGUAUCCAAUCCGUUCAAAAUCACCAUGCCAUCGACAAUCAGAUAUAUCUUCUGGAUCGUUGGAUAGAUUAAGAAAACGAUGUCGUUCAAUAGAAAGGGAACUGAGUUCAGUUGAAAGAGAACAAUUUGGACAGAGUUUAGGAAAUCCACCGAUAGGUGAUCCAAGAGUUGAUGCCUUAACAUCAGCCAACAGGAUAUUGCGCCAAAGACUGCAAGAUAUACAGAAGUUACAGGAAAGUAGAGAGCAUGCACUGAACAAAGCUCAUACUAUGGUUAAUGGUUUAUUAAACAAACAACACAAACAAGCUUCGAUAAUACGUGAAGGCACACGGGAUUAUACACAGUCGCCACCUACCUCAUAUACAAAUAAUAACCAUCAUUACCAUGAGAAUAAUGGUACGGACAGUGUUUACACUGCUAAAGCUUAUAAACCAUUGGAAGAAGAUAAUGUUUCGGAUUUGCCUGCUUAUACACCGACUAAGUUUGGUCGUCUUCCAGAGAAUGUUGGAUCAGACUAUUAUUAUGGAAGAGAACAUGAGCGAAAGUCUCGCAAUGGCAGUGGUUAUCGUAGUAAUUUAUUAAAUCAUCGGAAAAAUUUGGAUCCACGAGCUAAUUCAACUCAUAUUCUAUUGGAAAGAUUACGUUCAGAUUAUGCAGACUUAGCAAAUAGUGUCUAUCGUAUUGAAGAAAAAGCUCGAGAUGCUGCUUCUUCUGUGCAGUCAUUAUUGAGACAGUUUCAAAUGGGUUUUAUGGAUACUAUUGUCACAAAUCCCGUUAAUCAGAUGCCAAGUGCUGAUAUAUGCGAGCCUUUCGACAGAGUACCAAAUACCAAUGAGCUAUUUGAUAAGUCUGUUACAUUAAGAUUACAAAAAGCCAGAGAUACACUGGAUCAGUUGAAAUCUGAUCAAGUCCGAUCUUCGUUAAGUCAUUAUCGUCAAUCAGAUUUUACUAUCCCAUCAACCGCCACAGGAAUAGUAGGUGGAACAACAACAUCGGUAACUAGCAAAACAAAUCCAAUGAUGACUUCGUCAUUAGCAACAAGUUCUGGUAUGAAAUCGUCUACGUCGAAUAUUCACAAUGAAGAUGAACCGUAUGCAAAAUACUACAGUCAGUAUAACCGUCCACAUACUAAUUCCUUGAGAUCUACAUGGCACAUAAGUUGAGAUGUCGAUGACUCGUCUCCACACAAUCGUUUAUAAACGAAACCUUGGAAUAUCAAAAGAAUAAUUCCCUGUUUUACAGUUGGAAGUAAAAGCCUUAUAAAUCACAUUUUUCAUUCAGGUAUUAUAAAAAUCACCAUGGAAUCUGACUUUCUUUUUUUUUCAAUGUGUUCUUUGAUAUUUUCAUUUUUAUGCAUUGUGAACAAUUAACUAUUUAAAUAUUUUUUAGAAUAUUUAAUAAAAAGACAAAGCCUUUCUGUGUUGUUGUUGUUUUUCUGUUUUGUUUUGUUUUUAAUUUCCUUUCUUUGAGAAGUGUGUUUGUCAGUCGGUUGAUUUGUAUUCAUUUUGUCGUUUUAUUUUUCAAGUAUAACUUUCUUAUAUGUUUGUGUUUCGUAUAUUCUUAGCCUUUAGAUUAGAUAUAAUCAUGCUAUCCUUUGUGUAGUAGGAUAUUUUGAAUGUUUAUACAAACUGGUUACAGAGUAACUAUUUAUAUAUUAACCAGAAGUGUCAUACACUAAUUUCUAUAUAUUACCGCACAUAUACACAGAUUAGUUGAGGUUAAAUUACAUUUUAUACUUUGGUUUCUAGAGGUUUUUUUAUAAUUUCUUUCUUUCACU